AUGAGUAGACGGUACGCAGCGCAGUUGGAGCGUCCCGAUCAGGAGGGUAAGGACAUUGAAUCCUUCCGACUUUCAUCAGAGACUAUGAAAGAUGGCAGAAAGGAGAUGGCCGAGCCGCGAUGCUGCCUCAGCGUCAGUAAGAUGACCUAUACAGUGAGCGAGCGCAUAGGCCCCUGGUGGGACUUACCCUCGUACAGGAAGCGAUGGACUCGGCAGAUCCUCAACGACGUGUCCUUCCACGUGGACAGUGGAGAGAUUAUGGGCAUCCUGGGCAAUUCAGGUUCCGGAAAGACCACAUUGUUGCAUGCCAUCUCGGGAAGAAUCAGGAACUCUGGAACCCUUAUGGGUGAAGUCUUCAUAAAUGGUAGAAAACUGGCAAGAGAGGAGUACCAGGACUGCUUCUCUUAUGUGCUGCAGAGUGACAACCUACUGAGUUAUCUGACUGUGGAAGAGACUUUGACCUACACAGCCCAGCUGGCCCUCAGAAGACAUUCUUCCCAAGCAAUCCAAAAUAAGGUGUCAGCAGUCAUGGCAGAGCUCAGUCUGACCCACGUGGCCCGCAGUGUCAUCGGCGGACGUGUUUUCCCUGGAAUCUCCGGAGGCGAGAGGAGAAGGGUCUCCAUCGCCAGCCAGCUCCUGCAGGACCCCAGGGUGAUCCUAUUGGACGAGCCCACUACAGGCCUGGACAGCAUGACGGCCAAUCAGAUCGUAGUGCUGUUGGCCGAGCUGGCCCGACGGAACCGCGUCGUCAUCGUCACCAUCCACCAGCCUCGCUCGGAAAUCUUUACGGUGUUCAGCAGGAUUGCAGUGAUGAGUCGCGGUGAGUUAGUUUUCUGUGGCCAGCCAAAUGAAAUGGUGGACUUCUUCAGCCAGUGUGGAUAUGAGUGUCCGGAAUACUGCAACCCUUUUGACAUCUAUGUCGACUUCACUUCGGUGGACACGCGCAGCAGCGAUCGUGAGGCGGCCACCUUCACCCGAAUGCACGAGAUCACAUGCUCCUACAGGGCAUCUGCCAUCUUUAACCGAAUGUUGGCCAGAAUGCAGGAGAGCCUUAAUGUCCAAAACAAGGCCGCCAUCCCCUUCAAGAGCAAAGAGUCGCCCGGAGGCGUUGCCAAGUUGGCCGUGCUAUUCAGGCGCACCAUGCGGAACCUGUCUAGAGAUCGUAUGGGGGUCCUGAUGCGUCUCUCUCAGAACCUAAUCUACGGCCUCUUCGUGGCCUUUUUCGUCAUGCGUUUGGACGACGAUGUUGCUAAAGGCGCCGUGCAGGACCGCAUCGGCAUCAUCUACCAGUGCGUCGGUGCCUCGCCCUACACCGGAAUGCUGAACGCGGUCGCCCUUUUUCCCGCCCUACGUGCCAUUGGUGACCAGGAGAGUCAAGAUGGCUUGUACAGUAAAUGGCAAAUGUUCUUGGCCUAUAUCUUCCACAUCCUGCCCUUCAGCGUCCUCAGUGUCUUCAUCUUCACGUCCUUCCUCUACUGGACAGUGGGGAUGCAUCCUGAGACAUGGCGCUUCUUGUGUUUCACAGCCGUGGUGAUGGUUCCUCACAUUACAGGGGAGCUGCUGACGGUGGUCCUCUUAGGGGUGGUCCAGGAUCCCAACAUGGUCAACACUGGUGUGGCUCUGCUUAACAUAGCAGGGAUCCUAGUAGGCUCUGGGUUCCUACGAAGCACAGCCCAGAUGCCGAUCGUGUUUCAGUGGUUGAGCUACUUGACAUUUCAGAAGUACAGUUGCGAACUGCUUGUCGUCACAGAGUUCCACGGUCUCCGCUUCGCGUGCAAUCACUCCAGUCAUCUGCCAGAACAAUGCCUCAUCACGCAGGGGGAUCAGAUCGUGGAUGAAGGCUACCCGGGCGCGUUAUCCCGCUAUACGUUGGAUUUUGCGCUGCUCUACUCCUUCCUGCCUGCCCUUCUGCUACUGGGCAUCAUCACAUUCAAGAUCAGAGAUAGACUGGUGCUCCAUUGA